UCAAAGUCAUAAGGACGCUUUGGUUUAGGUUGCAUGAACGCGGAAACGAAAUUGCUGAAACUUAUAUUUCUUAAGCUUAAACUUAAACCUAAUUCAAGCAAUGGCAGAAGAAGAAACCAAAUUGGCACCCAGUGAUGGUAAUGCAGUGAUGCAGGACUCACCUCCAUCUUACAAUGCCACAGCCACGGACGAGUCUGCAGUGGACAUGCCUGAGGGCCUUCCUCCCUAUGGUGCUAAUGGCUAUAAUGAGCCUCCUCCAUCGUACGAUUCACUGUUUGGGAAGAUGAAGGCUGCCAAAGCCUCCUCUGCUAACAAUGCCCAGUUUGCCAAGAGUUUUGUGGGCAUUCUGAUGGGAACCUUGGCCUGUACCAUCUUAUUUGGGAUUUUGUUGGCCGUUCCCAUUGCCAUGACCAUCAUAGGAGGUGUGUAUCUGAACGACUGUCCAGUGGAGAGGUAUAUCCCCAUCUACCUUCUGGUGGCCGGGGCGUUUGGGAUCAUCAAGAAUCUGUCCAGUCUAGUACAGAAAAUAAGGAACAAGAAAGAGGCAGGAGAGGAUGAUGACCAAAAACAUAUGAAAACUAAUCCAGGAGACAUGCUACUGAACUGCUUUUUGUUCGCCUGGUUUAUUGCAGGAAAUGUGUGGGUGUAUCGUACCUACGGUAACUUCAGUACUAACGACACCUCUCCCUUGUACUGCCAUCCUACCUGUUACUACUUUGCGUUCUGGAUCAUUACUUCUACGUACAUCUUGGCGGGGCUCAUCUGCUUCCUGACGUGCUGUGGGGGGAUUGUGGCUGCUAUCACUGCAGGAAAAUAAGUCUUAUUUUAGGAUGCAGUGUCCAUCAUCUAUAAGCCCACAAUUCUGAUAUGUCCAUAUGGUAAAUGAUCAAAAUCAUGUGUGAUAAUCAUAGGCUCAUGGAGACUUUUACCGUAACAAUAACCAAGCAUAAUGAUUAUUGUUCAAGUACAGGUUGUGUACGAAACAAUACUAAUAUUGAAUAUUUUCUUAUACUAAAAUUGGAAGUGUACAGAGGAAUCUAGACUAUCAUAGGAGGAACUCGCACACGGAAGAGCAAAAUGGCAAACAAUAGUUUUCUCUCUGUACAAGUAUUUAACACGAAAAUCAUUUACAGUAUUUCGAGAGACAACUAGGUCAGAUCUGUUUUUCUCGCCCAACAUAUUCUUGCUUUUAAUGCCAACCCUAAUAUUUUUGGACAAUCUUUUUGAAACACGCUUGUAAAAUCUUGGUCACUGUGUUCAAACAUAAUUUCAGUAUCAACAUUUUCAGAAUUAAUUAUGCCAAUCUACAUCAUCUAUUUUAUAGAGCGGAAAGAUUGAGUAACUUUAAGUGAAUUACUUAAUAUAAAUUUCUAGUAAAGGACAGAUUUGACAGGGUAACUUUAUAUUCUUGAUUUUUGACACUGCACUAUACACAUAUUGUUGUGUGGAUUUAUGUCAACGUAAAUCUGCUUACCAUUUUAAUAGAUAUUUUAAAUGUACCUGUAAUACAACAUAUUUAGUUACUACAAUGGGUUUUCUGUGGAAUAAUGAUCUAGUUACAUUGUAUAGGAUGUCUGAGCUAUUAUGUUACUUGUAUCUUUCAAUGAUACAUAGUUUCAAGUGAUUGUACAUACAGAGGCCGCUAAAGCUCAAGACAGGUUUCAACCAAGAGCACCAGUUGACCUCUCCAGAUCUGGGUAAAUUGAUGUUGACCUCUGCAGUGAAUGGCCUCCUAUGCAUAAUAUAUUUUAAUUUAGAUAGGACAUACAUGUAUAUUAAUUGUUUACUAUUUAUGGUAUAUUUUCUUAUCAAAUCUAUAGAAUGACUUAUACUUAUUUAUAUCAAGCAAUAGAUGAAACAGUAGUUUAUUCGUAUAUAUUUUCAAAAUGUCAAUAGUAUCUACAAAUAAUAUUGUUAAGUAGAUGUAUUUAUGUAUAGGGACUGGUUUGGAGCUAAAGAUGGGUCAGGGACAGUGGUAGAGAGCAAGUUAGUAGCAUGUGUCAUUUAGAUGGAUCAGAAACAAUUGGGGAACAACUUUGGAGCAGACGCCAUCAUUGAUUGGUCAACAACAGUUUUAGAGGGCAAGUAAGGAGCUGAUGUCAUGACAUAUAUUAUCAGUUUGUAGGAAACACGUUUAUAAUUUUUAUUGUCAUUUAGGAUGGUCAACAACAGUUGUACUUGUAAACAAGCUAGAAUGUGUCAUUAACAGCAGACAAUAAUAGAUGUAGGGGAAGGUUAGAGUUUAUUCCAUUUAGUAUUGCCAACAAAUGUUACCUUUCAGGUUGCUUUUUGUGAUUGCAUUUUUUUUUUCCACACAAGAAAUUUGAUUUUGUCUCUAAAUUUGUGUGUUCAUCAUGGUUACAUGCAUUUUCUGAAACUUAAAUUUUAAUUGUGCCAUGCUUGUAAUAUUUUGAUUUUUUGUUUGUUAUACAUACCAAAAGUACUCUCUGUGUUGAUUUUAUUUUGUUUUACAACUACUUUUUGUAUUACACAAUCAAUGUGAAAUUCGGAAGUUCAAAAAAAAUAUUCUUCUGUACUCAAAUUGUUUUGAGCCAUUUUGAAAAAUAUAAGAAAUAUUUUAAACCAUAUAAGUGUUAUUUUUGUGUGGUUGUGAUAUAGGUAUAAUUUUUUCUAAUACUUUUACUGAAAUGUUUGAAGUGAAAUGAUUUAAAACAGACCUUGACAUAUUGCCCUAUUGUAAUAUUUUGGAAGGAUGAAUCCUGAAAUCAGUUGAAUUACAGAGCCUGAAUCAUAUACAAAAUUAAACCUCUGGGCCCAGCGGUUCAAAAGGUGAUUAGCGCAAAUCUUAACUUUUGUGUAUCUAUAAGACUUAACCUUUGAAUUAGUUACAACUUUCUAGAUAUCAGAACUUCAGUUGAGUGAUUUUACCAUGUAUAUUGGCGAAAUUAUUAAAGGUUGAAAUAUGUUGUUAAACUCUGAUUCAGCUAACCACCUUUUGAACAACUGGGCCCUGUUAUAUUGUGGCAGGUUAUUCAAACUUAAAAAAACCCACCAUAUUUAACAAUGAAUUUUCUGUAUAAGAUAGCAACUUGAUGCUUUUUUUUCAAUGAUUAGAAAACAAAUAGUUAAGUAAAACCAGAAACACAGUUAAGUGUGUAAAUUUGAUGAUGACCUUGGUUUAUUCCUAUAUUCCUUAAGUCAUUGUCUCAUUAAGAAGAUGAUUCUUUUUUAUAAGAUUUAUUGGGAAUGAUUGAUAAAAUGUUACCUCAUCACGCCUACAAUCACAAUGUGUUGUCAUUACUGUUGUUCACUCGAUACAAAUGUUAACGUAUGUAUAUAGUCACUUCCGUAUCUUGCUUUAUUGUAUGUCAUCUUAU